GAUAUAAAUUUUAGUUAUAUAUUUCCCGAGUAGGUGCAAUUCCACAAAAAGACUCAAAUUAAUGGCCAUGAGCUCCUAUUUGAUCAACUCCAACUAUGUGGACCCGAAGUUCCCCCCGUGCGAGGAGUACUCACAGAGCGACUAUCUGCCCAACCACUCUCCGGACUACUACAGCUCCCAGAGGCAGGAGCCGGCCGCUUUCCAGGCGGACUCCGUCUACCACCACCACCAGCUCCCCCCAGCACACCCCCAGAACCCCCACCCGCACCGAGGCGAGCCGCCCUACACGCCGUGCCAGCGCGCCGGGCAGCCCGCCUCGGUGCUGAUGUCCCCCCGGGGUCACGUCCUCCCCCCGGCCGGGCUGCGGACCAGUCCCGUCCCGGAGCAGAGUCUCCGCUGCGACUCGGUGACACCCAGCCCGCCUCCGUCGUGCGGCCAGACGCCCCACAGCCAGGGCGCCUCGUCCCCGGCGAGCAACCGCAAGGACCCCGUCGUCUACCCAUGGAUGAAGAAAGUCCAUGUAAACAUCCUGAAUCCAAACUACACAGGGGCUGACGCGAAGCGGUCCCGGACGGCCUACACCCGCCAGCAGGUCCUGGAGCUCGAGAAGGAGUUCCACUACAACCGGUACCUGACGCGCAGGCGCAGGGUGGAGAUCGCGCACACGCUUUGCCUGUCAGAGCGGCAGAUCAAGAUCUGGUUCCAGAACCGGAGGAUGAAAUGGAAGAAGGACCACAAGCUGCCCAACACUAAGGUCCGCUCCGGGACAACCGGCAGCAGCAACACAAACUCCCAGGCCCUCACCGGCUCCCAGAACCGCUCCGCCGGACCUCUAUAGCCCGGCGGCUCGGCUCUUUGUCUCACGCGUCCUGUUUCCUAAACCCGAUUCCCAAACUGAA